CUGUAACAUUAUAUUCUUUUCCUUCAUAUUUUCAGCUCUUAAGAUACCCAUUUCCUUCUACUUAAUUUUUCGGGCCUACCUCGUCGAGUCUACUUGAUUCCUUCACAAUGUCUCUCGCAAACCCCAGCUUCAAAUCUUCCGCUGCCUUUGACAUCAUCAACAGCGUCCUCCAGGCCGACAACGCCGAGCGCCAGAACGCUAUCAAGUCCGCCAAGGCCGUUUUUGCAUUCACCUUGACCAACGAGAAGGGGGAGACCGAGAGCUGGUAUCUCGACUUCAAGGACAAGGGUGUUGUCGGCAAGGGCGCUGCCCCUGAGGGUGGAAAGGCUGAUGUCACCCUCCUCCUCUCCGAUGCUGAUUUUGGUUCCCUCGUCGCCGGUCGUUCCAACGCCCAACGGCUCUUCAUGGGCGGCAAGCUGAAGGUUAGAGGAAACGCCAUGAAGGCCAUGAAGAUGGAGCCCAUCCUCAAGAAAGCCCAGACCAAGGCCAAGUUGUAAAUCGGUACCGGCGGCCCGCUCCUCUACAUCUUCCUCCCAACCUCCAACCCGUACUCCGUACUCCGAUCAUAAUGCAACGAACGAGGAGAAAAGCUCAGGACAAUUGGAGAUGGAACUUCUACAUAGAUUGCAUUAUAUAACUUUUGUUUUUCCAUUUGGAGACAAGUGGUGAUUUAUGAGCACUAUCACCCUCUCCCAUACGAUUUAUUCAGCACUUGGAAAUAUCUCAUUUUGGAUGCAGGUACCCAGGUUUACUGUUCUCAGGAGUCUAUAUAUAUUUUGAACAAGUUUUAACAAUAUGGUAACGCAUUUCUUGUUGUUUUUCUCAC